AGAAAACUCUGGGAUGAAGCUUGUCUACCAUCCAUGUUCAAUGCGUUCCCGGAAAGCAAGUUUUCCAGAGCCCGGCUGGGGCUUCAAGGAGCAAUUGCGACAUGAUAGCUUCCUCGACUGCAUGCAGAGGGAGAGCUAAUCCUCCUACACUUGUUUUCGGUCUCAAGAGGUCCUCAUCCGUAUACAGCCAUGAUAUGAGUGAGCUCAACCAAGCACCCACGCUCUCUCACGAGAUGCCAGAGCUUGCCUGGAAAGCAAGGCUAUCAGGUUUCCGUUUCGCGUUGCCAGCGAGGAAUGCGAUGGCAAUAUGUCAGUGACCAAAACCAGACGAACAGUCAGCCCCAGAGACUUCAGCAGACUCCGCCGGGUCUCCGAUGCCCUGAGUCUAACACCUACCGCGCUCAGAUCAAUAACGUCCCUGAACAGCC